ACAACUAAGCAGAAUGAGGCUCAGACAACAACGCAUCGUCCUGUUGCUUUUCCUGUUGGUGACGAUGGCGGUCAUUCUACUAAAACAGGUGGGGAUUGGUGUCAGAACAAAAUCACUGACCUGUAACAACCGAUCUUCCUCUUCAGACAUGCUUCCGUGUAAUCCUCGGUCAAACCGUAUUACAAAAUCUGAGAAUAAUUUUAAAAUGGCAACCAAACCAAGCGUCCACGUUUUGACAAGAGGCGGAGAUGGUAGAUGGGUUGAACGGACAGGUAUGUGUGACGUCCGACAUGAAUUUGUUCGUGCGCAUCUGAAAGAACCAGCAAACACGACCAUCUUUGUAUAUGACAGGGCGUCCGAUAUAUUUGUAUCGGAGAGUAUCAUAAGUAAAGGAAUGUGGGAGGGCGAUCUUGUCAACCAAACACGUGACUUUCUGAAGGAGGACCCAGAACGUGUGUUUCUAGACCUUGGAUCAAAUGUUGGUGUGUUUUCUCUAAUGGCGGCGAAAAUUGGUCACCAGGUCGUUUCUGUUGAUUUGUUAUCAGGAAAUGUCCAAAGGCUUUGUGCCUCUAGUAUAGAAGGCCACUUCUCGGAUCGGGUAACUAUUAUUCAUAACGCACUAUCCGAUAUAAGAGGGAACGUGACAUUCAGACUAUACAAAGGUAAUGUCGGCGGGACAUCUGUAAAGACAUUAGACAGCAAUCAAAAGACAAAAAACGAAAACAUUAUCACUGCUAUAUUGCUGGAUGAUUUGUUGGAGAUUUUCAAAUUUCAGAAAGUUGUCAUCAAAAUGGAUUUGGAAACAUUUGAAGAAAAGGUGUUAAAAGGCGGUGAAAAGUUUUUUACAAAGGUCCGGGUGGAUUAUCUUUUGAUGGAAUUCGAGUACCAUCGCACCCGGCCGAGUGGUAGGUCCAUCAUAGCAAUGUUAGAUCGACAUGGCAUGAUCCCUAUGUUACCGUCUGUCCGGGACGUCCGUAAUCUGUCGGACUCGGACAUAAAGGCGUGGCCUGGUUAUGUAACGUGGAAACGAAAAAUAUGAAAUAUGGGAGGAAGUAACUAAAAAUGACUGAUGCAUGGUAUGGCAGGAUUAUCCUGCCAGGUAAAACAAAUUAAUAUUGUUCUCGUGGCGGCGUUUAGAGCCACACAUGAUUAGUCAUUGUGUAUUAAACUAUUAUUAUUGUUCACUAAUUUAGGUACCAUUCUAACUAGUGACCAGAGUCCAUGAAGAGCCGUAUUUCGAUAUAUCGGGUAUAUAGACAAACUGUACUGUUAUAUGAAGAGUUACGUGACAUUGACUGGCUAACAUGGCAUCCAAGAGAUCAGAGUUAUCGCCUGACAGUUUCGUAGAAUCACUAGUCUCACCAAGAUAUAUUGUUUACUGUGUUACAUAUAUGUAAUAUGUAACGUAACGCAUUAAUACCAUCUAUAAUUAUUAGUAUAAUUAUAUGAAAGUUAGUAAUGAUAGUAAGGUAAUGAAAUGUAUUAAUACUAUUUAUAUAUCAUAGGACAAAUUGUGUGCUUAUACGUUACUAGUACCAGGUACAAUCCAGAGACCAGAGAGAUGACGCAGAUUGUGUGUUGGAGUAGAUGUUAUCUCUUUUGCAGUAAACACUCUUUGAAAGUAAUUCAUGGUGAGGAAUAUUUGAUAUUGUGUGCUUGUACGUAUUAGUGUCAGGUACGAUCCAGAGACCAGAGAUGACGCAGAUUGUGUGUUUGAGUAGAUGUUAUCUCUUUUGCAAUAAACACUCUUGAAAGUAAUUUAUGGUGAGGAAUAUUUGGUAUUGUGUACUUGUACGUAUUAGUAUCAGGUACGAUCCAGGGAACCAGAGUGAUGACGCUGGUGGUGUGUUUGAGUAGCCAAUACUUCCAUAGUUAUCUAAAUUGUAUGAUGAGAAAUGUUAUUACCUACAAUGUUGAAGACUCCCAGGAGAGGUAUUUUGGUCAAUACUUAUAAAUACGGAUGUCCAACGUUGUCGGGAGGUCAGGGCCUCGACUAGCUACCAAAAUGCACACUUGGUGUUACGAACAUUUCUGACUCUUUGAUAGUUGGGCGCUCGAUCUCUGUUCUGCUAGCUAAUAAGGUCUCUGAUUGUAUAUGCUGUAUUUGUAAAUCUACAUAUCUACGUACUUCUAAUUAAAAGGAACUUUGAACGUAA